AUGGUGUUUUUCACUGCAUAUCAGGGGCAUCUGCAGAGCACAGCAUUAGCAAGUCCUGUUAAAGCUGAAACUGUAGAGGACGUAUUGUCUCUAGUGGACCUAGAGGAACUAGAGCUCAAACAGAGGCUGAAGAAGCUGACUGAAAGCAUCAGUGACAAAGAAAAAAGUUCUGAUGAGAACUUUACUUCUGAUGAGGAUGAGGCCAACCAACUGACAGAUGACUUGAAGCCUCCAGGGAGAAAAGAGCCUUAUUUUGCCUCGGCCCUUAAAAGAGAAGCUGUGACACCAGCUGAUGGCAGCUUUUUUAGGACUGAGCUGUCUUCUAUGCAGAAGUCUGCUGUUGAUAUUGAGAGACCUACUGUCACCCAAAGGAGGUUGAGUUUCUAUGAGGUCAGUACUGCAAGCUGCGAGCUCUCUCGACUAGAGGACGAAGUAGCAAUAGCAGUGGCCAGAGUCCAGAGUGCUCAAAGUGCGUCUCUAGAGUUUACACAGGAUGGUGUGAAAACCAAACUUGCAUGCUUGAGGAGAAAGCUUGUGUGA